GGAAGCUGGCUGUGCGGGACAGAGCGGCAGAGAAGCAGGGCUAGUGUGAGAGGUAAAGCCAUAUAAAGCACUGUGACCGGAAGUGGCUGUCAGUGAUGGAGCCUGCUGUCUGGGUGUUGGGAGCCCUGCUAGCUGUCUGUGGGCACUGGUCAGUAUCUAUAACAGGGGGUGUCUAGUUAUAAUAUCCAGCUCACACACUGUCAUACAUGUACUAAUGGUGGGAUAGCUUGUUGUGAACUACAUUUCCCAUCAUGCUCAGCCAGCCUUAAGCUGCCAGUGUGUCAGAGAAUGUGAAUGGGGUGUUAUAGGAUAGUGUGAUGGGGGGGGGAGAGGGGUUAAAAAUGAAUGAGACAAACUAAUAGAGAUUUUUAAAGGAGCCAUGAAGACCCUAAUUAACCCCUUAAGGACACAUGACAUGUGUGACAUGUCAUGAUUCCCUUUUAUUACAGAAGUUUGGUCCUUAAGGGGUUAAAACAGGGUUAUAAUUUAGAGGAGGUGGGGUAUAAAUAAAACACACAGUAGUAGUGUGGAGGAAUAACAGCCAAGGGACAGGGAAUUGAGCGCUGCGGAACUUGUUGGUGCUUUAUAAUAGGUGAGCGUUACGGGAAGUGAAAAUAAAGUGUAAUAAAUGAUAGGUUUGUAGGAGUGACAGUUAUAUUGGAAGGUUAUGUCAAAGGAACGCUGUGGUGUCAGGAAUAGAAAACAUUGAAAAUACAAUUAAAACAAUAGCAAGUGAUGAAAUGGCGAUUGUAAUUUUUUUCAAUAGCAGGAACCUAAAUAAAAAUAAGCCACAGCACAAAAUGUAUUCUACUGAUUUUAACCCUAUAAAGUGGGCACUUUGUAGAGUUGAUCAGUAAUACAAAGAUGCAUUCUUAACACUGUAGUGUUAAAGGAAUCCUAUAGUGCCAGAAAAACCUGUUUUCCUGGCACUAUAGGCUCCUGGAUUCCCCCCCUCCCUCGCGCUGCCCCCCUUAAGACACUUACCUGAAUCCAGCGCCAAUUUGCUUGGCGCUGGGUCAGGCUCUGCCCACGCUCCUCCCCCACCGUCAGCCGGCGGGGGAGACCUAACAAUGGCUGCGCGCGCAUUAGACCUCCCCAUAGGACAGCAUUAUUUCAUGCUUUCCUCUGGGGAAAAUCUGAUGCUGGAGGUCCGUGAGGAUGUCUAGCGUCAGAUAACAGACCAAAAGUCAGUUUGGAUUCCGGAAGCCCUGUCUAUUAGACAGCCACUGAGGGCAGACUUACAGCUGCAAUGUAAACAUUGCAGUUCUCUGGAGCUGAAAUGUAAACAUUGCAGUUCUCUGGAACUGCAAUGUAUUACAUUGCAGCACUAAGUGCAAAAGGGUCACAUCACCCAGACCACUUCAAUGAGCUACAGUGUCCGUUUAAGCAGUAUAUGUUUUAUAUAAAGUAUGAGAAUUUACUGGGUGUGCUAAUGUUCUUCAUGAGUAUGUAUACAUAGUGCAUCGCUCUGUUACUUGUGUCUGCAUUUUAUUUUUUAUUCCCAAAGGACAACCUUGAAAAGUAGCAUAAUCUCUAAAUUGCCGUAUGUUUUUAUUAAUGGAAAUUUGGUUGAACAUUUUCAGGGUUAUUUACUAAACUGUGAAUUGUCUGGAAUUCAAAGUGAAUUGCAAUUUUAUUGAAGACAUGGAUGUGACGAGAGCAAUCUUGCCACAUUGCAUUGGAGAAGCCUGGUCGCUCGCCUGCUGCCUUUGGAUUAUGGCCCCAUGUUUCAAGACCUCUUUUUCACUGCAGAAAAGACUUAUUCGUGAUUUUCUGCCCGGUGUUCGGUAGAUUCAAUCUACCGAACUAACACACGAAUGACUGGACCACCUGGGAGCUGGAGUGUGUCGGCUAUUAACCUCCCAGAAGCUGCGGUUAACCGCAGCUUACUUGACGAAUGCUGGGUGGCCGCCAUUUGUAUACCGAACACGAGGUCGUGGCCAUUUUAAACACGCGAACGCUCAGCGGUGUUCGACGCCCAACUUAUGGAACUGAAAACGGAUGCAUUUUGGCGCGAACACCGCUGAAGCCGCCGACCUCCCUUCUUGUUUGGUGGAAGUGCACGGACGGCCCUGUAUUCGGUAGUUGUACCUGACUACACCAUACCCCAGAUAGGAAUCCCGUGGAGCUAAUUUGUAUGAGAACUGACUUUAUGAACACUUUGGCUCCAUGGCGAUAAAACUGUAGUCGUGUGGUCUGAGCGCCAUUCGCUUAAUAAUGUGCGCUCGGACCUGAGCUAUCUGGGGAUAUGUUAAAUGUAUAUAUUCAUUGUAACUUUUGUCACAUAGUGUAUUUUAAUAGUAAUUCCUAUUCUAGUAUCCCCACGUGCAUAAUGGCGAUUUGCCUUUGUCCUGGGAGAUAAUUGAAUUACUUCUCAAUUAUCUCCAGGGCAGAGGGGAGGAAGCCAAGAUGCAUUGUGGGAAUAUAAUGUGACUGUGUGUCCUGGAUUGCUGCUUAUCUGUCCUUUGUUUCAGUCUCCCACUUGGUUCCCUAGGGGAGAGUCCACCAGGUGGGAGACCUGCGUAAAUACUGGGCAGGUAGCCCUCAUUAAACAGACCACUGCUUGACCCUCAACACGGAGCCUUGUCUCGUUUUGGGGGGAUUUACUGAAUGCUGAUAGAGACUGAUUGAUUGCUAGGAGUGUAAGCCGCUUGGGUGCUUUUCCCAUUCGUCUGCUAGCAGCUAUUCGCGCGUGCACACACACACACACACACCCAGACAGACCCCCCCACACACACACACACACCCAGACAGACCCCCCCCACACACACACACACCCAGACAGACCCCACACACACCCAGACAGACCCCACCACACACACCCAGACAGACACACACCCAGACAGACCCCACACACACACACACACACACACACCCAGACAGACCCCUCCCCCCAUACACACACCCAGACAGACCCCUCCCCAUACACACACUCCAGACAGACCCCUCCCCCACACACAGACACCCUCACCCACCCAGACAGGCCCCACACACCCACCCAGACAGGCCCCCACCCACCCAGACAGACCCUCCCCACACCAGACACCCUCCCCCCACCCAGACAGGCCCCUCCCACACACACCCACCCAGACAGGCCCCCUCCCACACAUCCACCCAGACAGACCCCCACACACACACUACACACACACCCAGACAGACCCCCACACACACACCCCAGUGACCCCCACACACACACAGACAGACCCACACACACACAGACAGACCCCCCACAAACACACACACACACACACAGACAGACCCCCUCCCCCACACACACAUUCACAGACUCAUGCACACUGACAAACACACACUCUCACACAGUCACAAAGUAUUAUUUGAUGCACUCAAAUGGAUACACACAAAAACAAAGAUUAAUAGAUAAUAAAAAAACAUAUUUUUUACAACCCUCCUGUUUCCAACCUUUUGGGCUCAGGUGGGUGCCUUCCCUGGGGUCCAGUGGGACUGGGCAGGAGCAAAUGACAAUAUAUUAGUGGGGGCUGGCUGCAGCUUAUGGAAGCAGCUGCGGUUGUUCCAGACUCCCCCUCCUUCAGUCUCCUUAUCACCAUGCAGAUCUCUAUGUGCUGGGAGGAAGUGAAGGGAACUGUAAUUAUUUCCUCCCGGCGCGCAAGGGAAGGGGUGGACACCCGGCUCUGCUUAAAGGUGUGGGCUGGAGUGCCACCUCUGAGGGAUGCGGUGGCUGGCUCUGAGAUCCAGCUUUGCUCAAUGUGGGUGGGUGGGCUCGGAAGAAUGUGGGCGGCAAGUUGGCAGUCUUUAAAUGCUGCCCUUCAAGCUUGCAAUUUCCCUGUGGGAGGAGGGAGGGAACGGGCCGACCAAUUCCAGAUGCCAGGGCAAAAUUCUUAGUCGCCACGGUGACCUGGCGCCUGGGAUUUGUCGAGCCCUGUUUUAGGCUAAAGUAGCCAAACUUGAGGCUUGGAUUUUGAAAUUCACUUUGAAUUCUUACUUUAGUAAAUAAACCUAUUGGCCUUAAAAUAUCUGAUUCUCUCUAAAUAUAUGGCAAUUGGUGAUGAGCCUCAAAUAUACAUAAUCUGAUUUAGAGGAAAACAUUGCUGGGUCAAGUGAAUGGUGGAAUAAAUCUUUGGUUAUGUUGUAGUGCUGCAAACUAAUUCUGUCCUUUCACAUUAGUGGGUCCCCUCAGCAUAUACAUUUCCUUUUUUUUUUUUUUUUAUAAGUGAAAAAUAGAGUUUAAAGGGCACACACUGUGAAUCGAAAGGGAUUGAAAAUAAUCUGUAUCGAAUCAGUAAUGUGUAAUUGCAUAAAUGCAGCCACCAGGGGGUGCUUAAUGCUGAUUUCUUAUUGUGUAAAUAUAUAUGGUCUGUAAAAAAAAAAAAAAUAUAUUUUUAUGUAGUUUAAAGGUGCACUUCAAUGUACAUUUUCACCCUAUAUUUUUAAAGCAUGUGCGUUCAUAUUCAAGUUUGGAUAGAUCUAGUUUACUGUAAACCCUCAGUCCAGUAAUUGAUAUUAUUUUAUGAUCCACCAGUAACUUCACACUUUGACCCCACAGACUCGCAGUAUUAUGUCCAUUCUAUAGCGUAAAGUGUAGCAAUUUGAGAUUAACUUUUAUAUUAUGAAAAAUGUAAAACCUAGUUUUUUUUUUUUUGUUUUUGUUUUUUUUCUCUAUGUAACCCAUUUAUGUGUGUUUCGUUGCUUGAUUCUGUCUCCCUAUUCUAACAGGGUUAUUCUCUAAAGGGAGAAUUGUCAGGGAUACACACCCUUUGGAAUUUAUGAAAUGCAUUAAAGUGGUGUUGGUGCCUGGAAUGUCCCCUUAAUUUACAUUUCAAAACAAGAGCACCUUGCCCCAGGUUGCAGCUGCAGUGUGCUGUGAAUGUAUAUUAUUGCUGUGGUCUUUGAUUUGCAGCUCCAACACAGAUAACAUGCAGCUUCUUACUCGGUCUGCUCUCUUCCAGGUGGGCUGAAGCUUCCUUAACCCUGGAGCAGGAGAUCCAAGGUGACGUAAUAUAAAGAUUCUCUGAAUGGGCUACUCCGUUACGGAUGGCCUUGUGCUUAUCCUGCUCUGCUCAACUUGUUUCUGACUGUUCUAGGCUGUGUCGGUUGUCUCUGUGAUCUGCUACAGUCAGCUAAUUGUAUUCUCUUACAGAUAAAACUGCUGUGCGCUCCCAGUGCUGGAUGACAGAAGAGUUUACAGUAGCCUCAGAUUGCUCCAUUUGUGAUCCAUUUCAGUUGGUAAAGCUUCUUACUGUUUGUUCCUCUCACUAUAAUAUCAAUAGGUAUAAACUGCAUUUAUACCUAGCAACAUUAGGGCUGGUUGGAAAAGCAGUCAAUGUAAUCAACAUGCUAGUAAUAUGCUAAAUGUAUAUGCCAAAUGUGCCAUUAGUACAGAUUAGUAGACCGGGUGUGCAUACAGAUGCGGCAGGAGACAGACAAACUGAGCAUUAAUAUGAUAUCUGGCUAGGCUUGAGAAGAAAUGCAGGGUGGAAUUAGACAGGCUGUGUGUAGAGAUGUAGGGGAGUGGGUUUGGCAGGCUGUGUGUAGAGAUGUAGGGGAGUGGGUUUGGCAGGCUGUGUGUAGAGAUGUAGGGGAGUGGGUUUGGCAGGCUGUGUGUAGAGAUGUAGGGGAGUGGGUUUGGCAGGCUGUGUGUAGAGAUGUAGGGGAGUGGGUUUGGCAGGCUGUGUGUAGAGAUGUAGGGGAGGGUUUGGCAGGCUGUGUGUAGAGAUGUAGGGAGGGGUUUGGCAGGCUGUGUGUAGAGAUGUAGGGGAGUGGGUUUGGCAGGCUGUGUAGAGAUGUAGGGGAGUGGGUUUGGCAGGCUGUGUAGAGAUGUAGGGAAGUGGGUUUGGCAGGCUGUGUAGAGAUGUAGGGGAGUGGGUUUGGCAGGCUGUGUAGAGAUGUAGGGGAGUGGGUUUGGCGGGGAGUGGGUUUGGCAGGCUGUGUGUAGGGAUGUAGGGGAGUGGGUUUGGCAGGCUGUAUGUAGGGGAGUGGGUUUGGCAGGCUGUGUGUAGGGGUGUAGGGGAGUGGGUUUGGCAGGCUGUGUGUAGGGGUGUAGGGAGGGGUUUGGCAGGCUGUGUGUAGGGGUGUAGGGGAGUGGGUUUGGCAGGCUGUGUGUAGGGGUGUAGGGGGAGUGGGUUUGGCAGGCUGUGUGUAGGGAUGUAGGGGAGUGGGUUUGGCAGGCUGUGUGUAGGGAUGUAGGGGAGGCAGGCUGUGUGUAGGGAUGUAGGGAGUGGGUUUGGCAGGCUGUGUGUAGGGAUGUAGGGGAGUGGGUUUGGCGGGGAGUGGGUUUGGCAGGCUGUGUGUAGGGAUGUAGGGGAUUGGGUUUGGCAGGCUGUGUGUAGGGAUGUAGGGGAGUGGGUUUGGCAGGCUGUGUGUAGGGAUGUAGGGGAGUGGGUUUGGCAGGCUGUUUAAUCUCCAUGUCUCUUCUUUUUAUAGAAAACUAAUUCUGAGUGUGGUGUCACUGGAUUUAUAGAGCAGGUAAAGUGCACUACGAUAGAGAAAACCGUGUACAAAAGGUAAGCAACAUUUAUUUCCCCACAGAAAUUUUGUUCAAAUCUACUUUUUUUUGUUUGUUUUUAGUGUAAUAUGUGCAAUAAUUACAGAUUUCACAUGUUAUUACACUAAGCGUAUUCCUUUUAAGCUAUUUGUUAUUCAUAGAAGCACAUAUGAGGUAUUCAAAAAUGGUUUCAUUUUCAAGUAUAUCUUAUGACAGUGUUUGCUUUAACUUUUGAAAUAUUUGUCUACUUCUUUAUUAAAUUAAUUUUAAAGGACCACUAUAGUGCUAGGAAAACAAACGAGUUUGUUUUCCUGGCAUUAUAUGGUCUUUGGGUCCCCCUCCUGCCGGCCUCUAGGGGGAGGAAGGGGUUAAUAUCUUACCUUUCUCCAGCGCCGGGCUCCUUCCUCCCUCUUCGACCGAAUGCGCAUGCGCGGCAAGAGCCGCGCGUGCAUUCACUCAGUGAAAAUCACAGUGAGAAGCGUGGAAGCGCCUCUUGCAGCUGUCAAUGAGACAGCCACUAGAGGCUGGAUUAACCCCUUUGUAAACAUAGCAGUUUCUCUGAAAAUAUGUUUACAGCUGCAGGGUUAACCCUAGAUGGACCUGGCACCAAGGCCACUUCAUUAAGCUGAAGUAGUCUGGGUGCCUAUAGUGGUCCUUUAAUCAAACACAGGAGGCACCCGCAGGCUCUAGCAAGCUAUUAACAGAGCACUAGGUAAAAAAAAAAUAAACACACCGUGUAAUAAAGGAAACUCCAUAAUCAGAUCUUUCUUUACAGGAAGUCAGACAGUGUAGGUGUUGCUAGGGUGGAAGUAUCCGUUAUUUAACUCCUAAAUGCAAAGAACUGAGAAGUGAGGCCGCAGGGGCAUUAUCUAUACACCAAAACCACUUCACUAAAAAGACACUCCAGAUCCCUAGAGCACUCCAGAUUGCUGCAUUGCUUUAUGUACGAAGAAUAAGUCCUCUUCUUUUUGUUUUCCAAAAAGUGUAAAUUUCAAUAGAAUUUGGAACUUUAAUACACCAUCAAUUAAUUGUUUUCCUAAAUAAUUAGUAAAAUGCAUAAAUGUUUUCAAUGGAGGUAUAUGUACUAAAUAGUGAUUUUUGUUUUAUGCUUUGUGGUUGGGAAGCGGAGCUUCCAUUUUUAGGCUAAAGUUUUAGUGCUUUGUGUGUCCAAUUAAUAGCAAACUUACCCCAGUCCUGUUAUACAAUAUUAAUAGCAAACAUAUAUUUUGUUUCCCCAACUUAACACGUAAGGGAAUACAAACAAGCAUUUCACUAAAGUGUGAAUUUCUGUAAACUCAACUGGUAAUUGAAAAAUGUAAGGACUAAUGUAAUAAGAUGGUGACAUAGCUGACUUUAGUUUUUCAAUUUGGUUUAAAAUGUUAAAUGUCCAGAUCCUGGUUCAGUGAAUAAUCCUGAAGGUAAGUGUUAGCGUGCAAUGAGUAUAUUCAUAUUAGUUUGGAGUAAAAGUCUCAGGGGUGAGAGGGCAAUGUGCAGUAAUAUUGUUGCAAAAGCGCUAUGAUUUGUAGAUAGUACAUUAAAAAUGUAAAAUUCUCAAUAGAGAUUGGCUCAAAUACAUUUCUCCCCUCCCACUCAUAUCAAUUAGUUUUUAGCACCCCCCUCAUAAAUUAAAAGAAUACUAUGGGCCCGCCGGGUGCUUCAGCUCAUUGAAGUGGUCUGGGCGCAGGGUCUGCCUCCAGUGGCCAUCUCCCAUACAGCCACUAGAGACGCUUCCUGGAUCCAAACGGACCUUUGGUCCGGUAACUGAUGCUGGACAUCCUCACGCUCUGCAUGAGGACACCAAUGUCAGAUUUUUCCCCAUAGGAAAGCAUUGAUUCAGUGCUUUCCUAUGGGGCGGCCUAAUAAGCACGCGGCAUUUGCGCCCACUUGUUGUGCAACAUUAUAGGAGGUGGAGCUGCAACACAGCGCUGCAGGACAUCGGCGCUGGGGUAAGCUAAGUAAAUAAAAGGUUUUUAAUCCUUUUUUUUUUUUUUACCAGGGAGGGUGAGGGUUGAGGGAGAUAUAGUGCCAGGAUUACAGCUUUGUAUUCCUGGCACUUAUAGUAUCUCUUUAAAUGGUCAUGGGGCAGGAGUGCUUUGGUGCAAUCAACUUUUAAGGGUUAACCCUACAUUCCGUGGUGCCUGACAGCUCUGCCUUCUCAGUUAAUUUCUCUGGAGGCCCAUUGAGAGUAAAUGUUACUAUUACUUUGGAAGGAGUUCAUUGCCAUCUGAAGCUCUAAGCCAAUCGAUUUCAUAACAUUAUGGAUGGAAUUGAUAUUGCUAAUGCAGAAGGGGGAACUUCAGCUUUAACGAUAUCUGUGGAGACAGGCUGGAUUUUGGACGCCCAGGGGGACCCAGGUAAGUGGAAAACAGUUUGAAAGGUGACAGUGGGAACACACUAGAAGGCUGUAAAUGUAAUGGGUCACUAUGCUUUACCUUUUGAAAUGUAUAGACAAAAAACUAUCUCUGGAGGCGCAAAAUACAAUACUCAUUUUCUGACUGCAGUAUGUUCCGAGUUACUUUGUUUCACUCUAUAGCAUGCACACAGAUGCAAACAUGUCCAUAUAUUAAGAUAAUUUAAAAUAUAUCCGCGUGAUAUGGGUGAAGCUACUUUAUUUGGCUUUCCUUACGUCCUGCAAUGUCUUGUAGUAACUGCCUGCUAAGGGAGUAAAAGGUACGAUGACUCCCUCCAGUCUUUUAAGCAAAACAUUCAGACUAAAUUCUAUUCUAUGUGAGAUUGCUGCUUUUUUUUUUAGUGUGUUGGAUAGUCUUUCAUGUUGGCAUUGUAUUUGUUUUAGUUAUAAUAAUCUGUUUAGUGUGUAUUGUUUAGGUUUCUGUGUGUAAUCAGAUCCCCUUUUUCCUAGCUGCCGUUCUGCUUUGAUGGAAAAGCUAGUCUUCUGGCGUUUUGUGGCCAGCAUGAUCGCAGCUGCCGUAAUCCUGACUAUUGUCGUCGUAUUCCGGCAACGAACCCUGGAUAGAAAUGCAUUGGAAAAGGUACGCAAACAAAUCGAGUCUAUUUAAUCCUAUACCUGCGUACACCAUGGGGAAAAGAUUACAUCCAGUAAAGAGGUAAUUGGAUUUGGCAUUGGGGGGACCCUACAUUUUUUGUUGUGGUAGACAAUGAAACCUUCAUUCAUUACCUGCCUCUUCCCUUGCACCUUGGAGUUGCUGCUUCCAGAAGCUAUGACUUUGAUUUGAUCAAUUUUAUAUGAACCCCAUGGCACUUUUCUCUUCCUGUGGGAAUUUUGUAAAUAACUUACUUGUGUUUCCUAUGUGGCUCCGUACUCUGUGGAAUAAAUCAGAUUACAUGUUUUUUUGUUUUUUUUCCCCUUGAAUUUAUUACAUACACCUCCUAGCCGGGUGGAUUGUCUUUUAUGGUUUGUUGAUAAAGUAAGACACACAAUAUAUAUUGUUCCUGGCUUUUUAGGCUCGAAGGCUAGUUCUCAGUCUUUUUUGCGUUCUAACUUAACAGAGAUGUUGUGUGAAUACAAUAUCUACACAAACCCCUUCCACUGAUCCCAUCACAAGUAUUCUAUUUAUGUUUUGUCGUUGAUGGAUUUUAAUGCCUUUUGUGGAGACCUGACAGUGUAAGGAUUGUCCCCAGAGGAACCCGUCUGGAUUCAAGGUGCUUGUGGACUGGUUAAUGUGUCCUGGCACAUUAAACUCACUUUUGUGGAUAUACUGAAGAUCUCAUUAAAUGUUUCACAGCCUUUAUCUGGUGGCUAAUCCCUCUGCCACCCCAUCUCUCCUGUCAUCUUCUGCCACCAACCAAACCUUGCUGAUUUCUUCAGUAUCGGUAAAGCUGUUAAUGUUUUUCAAGUUUACCAAAGCGACUAGUAUUUAAAAAAAAAAAAAAAUUCAAUAAACC